UAAAAGCAAGUGAAUAUCUACACGAUAGAGUGAUUUUUCUAUCUUGUGAAAGUAUUUUUAUAUAUCCAAAUAAUUAAAAAUACAUAAAUAUACAAUAUUGACAUAUUAUUUCCUUCCAAAUAAAAUGCUUCUAAUACAGUGGCUUUUAGUUUUCACUUUGGUGGUACUGGUUAGUUCAGCACCUUCAUCCAGUGAGGCAGAUGUCGCAUGGCAACACUUUAAGUUGGCUUAUGAUAGGCAAUACAGAAACCUUCGCGAAGAAGCACUUCGCAAAGAAAUUUUCGUAACAAACUUCGACAAAAUCACCUCCCACAACAAACUCUACGAGGAUGGUCUAGUGAGAUAUUCCUUGAAGAUCAACCAAUACUCCGACAUGAUUCACGAGGAAAUGAAGAAGACUCUCAACGGCUACAGAAAAAGUAAAGUUACCGUGAGCGAUAUUGAAGUUAUACAGUUCGUUCCCGACGAAGACGCUGACGUCUCCGACGAGUUCGACUGGAGGGAAAAAGGAGCCGUGACUCCUGUCAAAGACCAAGGCUUCUGCGGGUCUUGCUGGGCGUUCAGUUCUACCGGUGCCCUUGAAGGCCAGUACUUCCUGAAAACCGGAGAUCUGGUCUCCAUCAGCGAACAAAACCUGGUGGACUGCUCCUCCGAACACAAUAAUAUAGGCUGUGCUGGUGGUGAUAUGAACCCAGCCUUCACCUACGUCCAUAAUCAAGACGGAAUAGAUUCUGAGACUUCCUACCCCUACGAAGCCGUUGAUGGUAAAUGUCGCUAUACAGUUUCAGGCAAUGUCACUUCAACUAGAGGCUACGCCACAAUAGAAAAUGGCAAUGAGGAUUAUCUAAAAGCAGCCGUCGCCACCAUCGGUCCGAUCGCGGUGGCCAUCGAUGCCAGUCAGUUAGAAUUCGAUUUUUACUCGGAAGGAAUAUACUACAAUCCAUAUUGCAACAACGGUGCAAGCGACCCUGAAACCGAACUGGACCAUGCCGUUUUGGUGGUGGGAUACGGCACCGAGGACGGUCAGGAUUACUGGCUGAUCAAGAACUCCUGGGGGACCGACUGGGGUGAGGAGGGUUACAUCAGGAUGGCUAGAAACAGGGAUAAUAAUUGCGGUGUCGCAGCUGAAGCGAGUUUCCCCCUGAAUUAUUAAUUGUUGACUUUUUAAAUAUAUUUAAUAAUUCUUU